AUGUACACCGUCACCCCCGAUUAUAGGAUCCUUCUAACUCCCAAGGGAAUUGAUCAAGCCAAGGAUGCUGGCUCUCGCAUUUUUGACAUCGUUUCUGAUAAUGGCUCUGAGGAUAACUGGAAGGUCUACUUCUACGUUUCCCCAUACGUGAGAGCACGUUCCACCCUACGGGAGAUAGGCAGGGCUUUUUCCAGACGGAGAGUUCUUGGCAUCAGGGAAGAAUGCCGAAUUAGAGAACAAGAUUUUGGUAAUUUUCAAGUGGCCGACCGCAUGAAAGUCAUCAAAGAGACUCGCGAGAGAUUUGGCCGCUUCUUUUAUCGAUUUCCUGAGGGAGAAUCAGCAGCUGAUGUUUAUGACAGAGUUUCCAGUUUUCUUGAAUCUCUUUGGAGGGACAUUGAUAUGAACAGGCUCCAUCAUGACCCUAAUGACGAUUUGAAUCUUGUGAUUAUAUCUCAUGGUCUAGCUAGUCGUGUCUUUCUGAUGAAAUGGUUCAAGUGGACAGUUGAGCAAUUUGAGUAUCUAAGCAAUUUAGGAAAUUGUGGAUUUCGAGUUAUACAAUUAGGGCUUUGUGGUGAAUAUAGCUUAGCAGUCCACCAUACUGAAGAAGAGAUGCUGGAAUGGGGACUAUCCCCUGAAAUGAUUUCAGACCAAAAAUGGCGAGCGCAUGCUAGUAGGAGUUCAUAG